AUGGGUUCAUCAGAAACCCCUCUUGUUGAUUCUCAUAAUCAAAUCCAUCCUGAAAUUCCAAUUGCUGGAUCUGAAACCCUUCAUGUUGCUCAUGCAGUUCAAACAGAAACACAUGUUGUUGAUUGUGAAAACCAACACCAUGCUGAAAAUCCAAUUGCUGGAAAUCAAACCCCCCCUAAUGUUGAUCAGCCAAUUCCAGUAGUUGCUGCACAAAGGAUUGAUCAGGCAGAGAUUAGGUCUGUAAGCAUCCAAAAGAUUUCCCUCUUAUCUUCCAUUUUAGGAUACACAAAUUUCGAAGAAUUUGUGCGUGAUGCUGAGAUGUUGACACUGGCUGGGAUUGAUGAUUUCGAACAGGCUUCUGGUGUUGUUGUUUUUGCAGAAAUAUCUAGAUUGGCAAAAGAAUUCAAGCUACAGGUGUAUCUAGUUGAUGGUUCAGGUAGCAGAAUUGGUACUCUAUGGGACAGAAUGGUGUACAACUUCAUAAACAAGAGUGCUUCUAUGCUACGUGAAGAGAUGAGAUUGUGGGGGAAAAAGUGUCUAUUCAGGCUAGAUGUCCCAGACUAUAACAUUAGAAACAACACCAGUGAGAUAUCAGUUGCAAGGGUUACAACAGAUGAAGACGUUAUAAGGAAGUACCUUGAUGCUAUUUCUGAUGAUCAGGAAAUUCAUCCUGAACUAAGUGUCGAGUUCUGCCACAAUUUAACCCCAUUAUCUGAGAGCACUGCUAAGACUGCAGUUUCGUGCACUGAUGAUAUCGAUAUGGGAGCUCCUGGAGAUGAAACGGGUGACGGUCCUCCACCGAAGAAGAAUGCAUCUAUACAAUGUGGCAAAGAAAGUGUCAAGUCCCACCCCAACAAGCAUGUCAAGAAGUUUUAA